AUGACGGCCUCGAUCACGAUGCGUCCUUCGUCAUCGGUCUUCGUGGAUCUCUUCACGCCCGACGGCUCUUUCACUUGCCGCGCAUUGAGAGUUCUGCCGCCUUCGAAUAUUUCGUCAAGAAACCGAAAGCUGCCUGACGUGUAUCCUCCUGUUCCGGUGAGCGGUUCAAAGAUGCGGCGAAUUCAGACCUCUCCAGGCGCAGCGGGAAGCGCCGAGAUGCCAGGUGAAGAACCGGGGAUGUCCGCGCCGCCUCAUUUUGGUUAUUCCUACUAUUAUGACAACUACCACCAGCCGCGGGUUCCUGUACCAGCCUACGGAAGUCCUGACAGCGCAAAUGCAGAGCGGUCCGCCCCAGCGGUCCCUGCAGCGCCCGCAGAGCAGCGGUACGAUGCGCCUGCUUUCGCCCCUUCUACAGAGGCGGAGUCACCUUCGCAGGCACUGGUCCCCCCUCAGCCACCGGCCCCGGAGCCGUUUGACGCGGCCUCUCCUUCACAGUUGUUCUCCGAUAUGCAGCUUCUUACUGCGCUCGGAAGGAAUCCGACCGACCCUGGUUCAUGGCAAUCGCCCCCUCCGGGUCACCCUCCGUUGCAGCCACACCCGCCGCAAAGUCCAUAUCCUCCUCCUCCCGCUGCUUCUCCAGUGAACCCUGGCGGGACUGUGCGCCACCCAAUUACGCUGCCAGUAGGUACCACCGUAACCGCUCCUGUGACGAUUCCCAUUACGCUUCCAAUCACAUCGCCUUCUCUGUCUCCCCUCACCAUUGCUUUCCCGGUGAACGUACCUGGAGUCCCGGACUACUUUCCUAAUCCCAGUCGCCCCCGCGAGCCGGCGCCAGAGCAGCCCGCUCCUCCCUCGCCAUACCCCACCCCUCUGCCAACUUCGCCAGCGCCGACGCCUCCGCCCUACUAUCCAUAUCCCCCUUAUUAUCCCCCUCGGCCGCGUCCGAUUCCCCCCGGCGGAUACCCAGGAUACCCCCCUACGUACCCGUAUCCACUCCCGUCCCAGCCGUAUCCGCCUCCUCCUCCUCAGACCCCGAACCCCGCCCCUGUGCCUCCUAUCCCUCCGCGAAGACCCGCGCCCCAGCCGCAACCUGGAUAUCCUCGAAACCCGUACCCCGCCCCACCCACCUCUCCCUACCCCUACCCCGGAUAUCCCCCCUACUACCCGUAUCCGCCGCCGCAGACGCCUUACCCGUCGCCAUAUCCUUCGAACCCGACUCCCGUGCCGCUCCCUCCGCCGGCACCGACCCCUCCUGGCGAAGAAAACCCUCCGUUGCCUUCUCCUGUGCCCGAGCGGCCAUACCCGCCUCCACGGCGCCCUGGACGAGGCGGAGGGGGAAGUGAGUCCCACGAGUACUACCAGGCACUUCCGCAGACACUGUCUGAUCCGGGAGCCCCUGAGCUGGGAAGAGAUGCAGAGGCACCACGCGGACACUCCGCCGCUCAGAAGUCGCCCAACUCUCCUAGUGUGGAGCGGCAAACAGCACCGCUCGCGGGGGGGCCUCUCGAAGCCUUCGGGCCGCCGCCGACCCGGCCGGCCGCUGCCGGAGGACGGCCCGAAAAGGAACCAGAGAAUUCCGUUAGCGUCGACGCCCCCGUGAAUCCCAGAGUAAGUAGCGUGGCGCGCUCGAGCCAGACCGAAGCCCGAAGCGAGAGGCCAGAAGCAGAUUUCCUUCGAAAGAAGCCGCCUGCUUCCCCACAGGCAGCACCCGCGGUGGAUGCCUCGGUAGCGACGCAGACGACGAACUCUGUCGUUGACCCUCAAGCAGGCUCGCCCGCAGACACUUCCGGAGAAGUCAAUGCGGAGGCCAGACCGUCAGCGACGAUCACCAAAGAAGGAAUCAGCUUCAGCCCAUCCGUGUUUGACCAGUUUAUGGCGGCAAUCGUCGCUCAAAUGGAACGCCGUGACCGGUCAGAGCCCCUUUUCCUACCCUCAAUAUGCCCUGCGUGCAAAGUGGAUAUAGUAACGUACGCGCCCAUCCAAAUGCCUGAGCUAGAGACAGAGGACUUCGGAAGAGCGAGAGACCAAUUAAACCACCUCCAGCGAUAUCGCGUGCCCCAAGGCACACACUUUGCAGGCACCCGGCAGGGAGAGGUACAGGAAAUGGAAGAAGCGACAAGGGCUCAACAGCCCGCAGCAGACGCCGUUGCAGACGCUGAAGGUUCGAUAGAAGUCGAGAAUGCUGGCGACGACGAUGUUGCCGCCGCCGCAACUCCUAUUGCACCCAUGCCGGUGGCAGCGCGCCGACAGUCGCAUCCUGAAGAAGGCGAGGAUGACCCCGAGGCCGAUGCGGCGAAACGGAAGGCAGCGGUAGUCAACCUUGAAGCAGCGGCUGAGAAAGACGAGAUCAGCGCCAUCUUUGCUCCCGUCAACAGGAGAAAGAGACCAAAGGAAUUCCGGUCGCUUGCCAAAGAGUUUGACGCGAAGGGAGAGAGCAGCGCCAGCGGCGAAAGCAGAGACAGGACCCAGGAUGCCAUUGUUGUUGGAGAAGUCCCGGUAUCGGCGUCCCAUCCCGUGAAACGUGACUCAGUCGCCGUUGCGACUGAAUAUGUCUCACCACCACCAUCUGUUUACCGGAGCCGACUUGACGCUGGAGAAGAGGAGGGCACUUUCGCAGUUAUGUUCGCAUGCUAUCACCCUGAAAACGACGCCGAAGAGCCAGAGGCGCUUCUGAUGGCAAAUAUCGAGGUUCGGGUGGCAAACGAGAUGCCGAUCCCUGUUUCAUCGUGA